AAACUCAAGUGUUGCCGCGCUGGUCGAUGUCCACGAUUUCUACAGCUUUAAUUUCAAGGAUAUGCUUUGAACUUUUUUCGACGCUAUGUAAUCGGACAUGUGUUGUGUUAGUAUCUGAUGCGUUAACAGACAAAAAUGGGUCUGUUGGAUAAAUUGUCUGGGUGGCUGGGCUUGAGGAAGAAAGAAGUCAACGUGUUGUGCUUGGGCCUUGACAACAGCGGCAAAACAACCAUUAUCAACCACCUUAAACCGACAAAUCCAACGGGCCCUUUUGGCCCUUUGUCAGAAGACUGGAAACAUGUUAGUCAGACCCAGACACAAGACAUAGUCCCGACAAUUGGCUUCAACAUUGAAAAGUUCAAGAGUUCAAGCCUUUCCUUCACAGUCUUUGACAUGUCUGGUCAGAGCAGAUACAGGAACCUAUGGGAGCAUUACUACAAGGAAAGUCAUGCCAUCAUAUUUGUCAUCGAUAGUGGAGAUAAACUGAGAAUGGUUGUUGCCAAAGAAGAACUAGACAAUCUUCUAAGUCACCAAGAUAUCCGCAGUCGAAGGAUGCCCGUGUUGUUCUUCGCUAACAAGAUGGAUCUGAGAGACGCUCUCUCCUCCGUCAAAGUCUCCCAGCAGCUAUGUCUGGAGAACAUCAAAGACAAGCCCUGGCACAUCUGUGCAAGCGAUGCUGUUAAAGGAGAGGGUAUUCAGGAGGGAGUGGAUUGGCUACAAGAUCAUAUCAAAACAAUGAAGACAUGAAGUCGUAGAGGGGCAGACGUUUGCUGCCAUGGAUACAGGAAGCAGGGUUAAACUACCAAACAGUCUUGACUGGGACCAAAUAACCUAAAUGGAAUUCACUGGUGCUGUCUGAGAGGGUUAGCCUGUGUUAAGUAACUGUGUUGCAUUGAGCAGUUCUACUUAUUUUUACCUUCCGUUAUUUGAUGCUGCUUGUUUUUGUAUGCCAUGAAACAUGCUGAUCUUCUCACACAUUAGAUCAGCCACUGCUGUGUUGUAUUUCAAUUUGUCUUACUUAAUAAAAGCUUGGUAUUUGCUCAGUUCCCUUGCUUUGCAGGCUCUUAAUAAACCCUGAUUGCUCAGGUUGACCUAUAAAGAAAUUGUAUGUUGACUUACAUACACUGCCAAAAUAAUUUGGAUGGUUUGUAAGUUUAGUCAGUGCGGCAAAUGGCACUUUGUUUGAUACCCAAGUGUCAAUAAACCUGUUUCAUCCUGUUUAAUAAACAUAAUAC